AUGAUGAGAUGUUUAGCUUCAUUUGUCAUUGGUAAAGGCGAGAAUGCUGCAGAAAGUAUAGCUCUGCUGAAGGAAUCGGGAGAUGUUCUGUCUAUUCAGGAUAUUCUCCCCUUCUUUCCUGAUUUCACAGAAAUCAAGGAUUUCAAGGAUCCUCUGUGUGAGUGUCUCAAGGAGCAUUCAAUCAAGAUCCAGGAACUUCAACAAGCUAUGAAAGACGCCACGCUCAUGGCACAGGAGAUUCGAGAGAAGACUGAAAGGCUUCGAGAUCGGGUGACCAUCGUGAAAGCUGGAGAUGUGUGCGCUAAAUGUGAGCGUUCAUUGAUUGGAAGGCCUUUCCAUGCUCACCAUUGCCGGCAUUUCUUUCAUCGAGAGUGUCUGGAGGAAGAGAUGAUGCCAUUUUUGAGCGAGGAAUUGAAAGCCCGUCUUAGUGACCUUGAGGCAACCGAGAAACGGUUAUUUGCGCAACUUCAAGCUGCUGAUCGAGUUCCCACAGCAACCGACAAGUUCACCGAUGAGCGAAAAGCACGCUUCAUGAAAAGUCACAUGCGAAAUCAAUGA